AUGCAGGGCAGGCGUCAACACAGGGGCGCGCGCGCGCACCAGGGCGCGCGCGUGGACCAAGGCGCGCGCGUGGACCCAGGCGCGCGCGUGGACCCAGGCGCGCGCGUGGACCGAGGCGCGCGCGUGGACCGAGGCGCGCGCGUGGACCGAGGCGCGCGCGUGGACCGAGGCGCGCGCGUGGACCCAGGCGCGCGCGUGGACCCAGGCGCGCGCGUGGACCGAGGCGCGCGCGUGGACCCAGCAAUGUCGGAUCAUGUUGUGACGCCCCUCGCAGACACUACAUGCUUUGACAUUAGCAGCAGCAACCCUGCCAUGAUGCUGCUGCUCGUGCCGCAGAACGUUGGGGCGGCCAUGGCUGACGUGGUGAUAGAUGCCAUGGUGGCAGAAGCGGCAAAAGGGGACAAGCUGCUGCUUGUGCUGCGGAACGUGGGCGCGACCAUGGCUGAUGUGGUGAUCGAUGCUAUGGUGGCAGAAGCAGCAAAAGGAGACAAGGGUGCUGCUGCCGCCUCCCCCGUGCCCUUCUCGCUGCUGCUUGUGCUGCGGAACAUGGGGGCGGCCAUGGCUGAUGUGGUGAUCGAAACUAUGGUGGCAGAAGCGGCCAAGGGGGACAAGGAAUGGUAUGCAGGCGACCUACAGUCCCUUUCGUGGUUCUCCAUGGCUGCAGGAGGCGUGGUGGGGGAGAGGUACGCAGGUGACCUGCAGUCCCUCUCCUGGUUCUCCAUGGCAGCAGGAGGCGUGGUGGGGAGCCUACUAGGCGGCCCGGCUUUAAAGACGCUGCAGCCGCAUGGCAUGUUUGCGCUCUUCGCGUUCUUCCCCCUAUCGCAGCUCGCCAUGUGUUUCAUGUCCUCUGAGAGAAAGCUUACAGGGGGGACGGGAAGUGGGGAGGAGGACGAGGGGGAUGAGGAGGAGGAAGAGGAGGGGGUGGAGGAGGAGGAAAUGGAAGGGAGAGGAGGGGGAGGGGAUGACGGUGUUACAAAUGGCGCUAGCGCUGGUGCAAGUCCGUGUGGUAACCGCAUGAAUGGUGGCAGUGAGAGUGAGGAGAGCGGCGAGUUGGGAGAGUGGGAGCAGGUGGUAUCAGAGCAGGUGGUGUCAGCGCUCCAGGAGGAGGGGGAGGUGGAGGGCGGAGGGAAGGAAAGGGGCAGUGAUCUAUUAGGACCCUUACAGGGAGGUUCUGAUGACAAGUCUCAAGAAGGUGUAGGGGCGAGGAAGAAGGACGGAGAAGAAGGAAGAGGUGGAGGCGAGGAGGGUGGGGAAAAGGAGGAGGGUGGGGGCGAGGAGAGUGUAUCAGGAGGGCAGAACACUGGGCUGAGACAACGGAGAGGCAGAGAUGGAGGCGACGGAGGAGGAAAGGGGGAUGUAGCUGAGACUGGAAGAGCGGAGGGAGCAGAGGAGGCGGGGAGGAGGAGAAGUGAGGAGAGAAGAAGUAGAAGGAAGGCAGCAGGGGGGUUGGGGAGGAAGGUGCUCGACCUGGUGACGGCUCUGUGGCAUGCUGUCAUGUCUCCAGACAUCUUCUGUCGGCCCCACCCUCUCCGCUCUUCUUCCUCCACACCAACCCCUCCCUCUUAUGCCCCGCCUUACCAACUCACUUCCCAACCCCAACUGACCUUCCCUCUCCCCCGCUUUCCUUUCCUCUACCCCCUCCACUACAGGCCUAUGGCAUGGCAUAUGGCAUGGUUCAUAAUGUCAUGUGCAGUAGUCCCCACGCUCUCCUCCUUACUCUUCUACUUCCACACCAACCAUCUCCAACUUGACCCUUCCUUCAAAUCCCCCUUCUCUUCGUCCCUCCACUGUCCUUCUGUCUCCCCCGCUGCCCCCACUGUGCUUCCCUCCCCCCCUCCCCUCCAGGCCUAUGGCAUGGUUCAUGACGACGUGUGCAGUCUCGUGCCUACCCUAACCUCGUCCCUCUUCUACUUCCACACCAACCAUCUGCACCUCGACCCCUCCUUCCUUGGCUCCACUAAGGUCAUUGGCUGGGCGGGCCUCAUGCUUGGGACUCUGCUCUACAACACGCGGCUCAAAUACGUCCCGAUUCGACGAAUCUUCAUGUGGGUGCACAUUUCAAUGGCGGUCUGCACAAUCGCGGACACGCUCCUCACCUCUCGCCUCAACCUGAGGCUCGGCAUUCCCGACACGGUCUUCCUUCUGGGCUCAGCUGCUGUUUCCGACGCCGUGAACCAGUUCAAGAGAGGGUGGGGAGGAGAGGAGAAGGUGGGGGGCGGGGGGGAGGAGAAAGGAGGGGGGGAGGGGGAAGGGGGGGGAGUGAAUGGCAUGCCCGACAUGGUCUUCCUGCUGCGCUCUGCCGCUGUUUCUGACGCAGUGAACCUGUUCAAGUGA